GGAAGAGAGAGAUUUUAGAUCGGAGAUGCGCCGCUGCCAGCCUUGCGCCGAGCUCCUCCGCCGCCGUCACCCCCUCGCCGCCCAAGCGCUCCUCGUAUGAGGAUCGAGCGGUGUUCCGGUAGUAGAUUCGCCCAAAUAAGCAGCUCCUUUGGGAGCUGCAAUCCGGAACCGGAUCAGCUCCGGCAGUCCGCAAUCAAGCGGCUCCUUUGGGAGCGGCAGUCCGCAAUCAAGCGGCUCUGUUGGGAGCCUCAGUUCGCAAUCAAAGCGGCUCGUUUAAAACGAGCUGCAGUCCGACUUCAACCCUAUUUCGGUUUAGAUUUUAGAAGGAGUUCAAAUCCUUCCCGGUUUCGAUCUCCGACUUGGCGCCGACCGCCGCUGUAAUAAAUAUCCAAGAGUUGCAGCCAACCAAGGACACCAGAGAAGCCGCCAGGGAUUCAUAGGAGACCAGCAACUCACGAGUCAUCCAAGCGCCAAGUUUCAGCCUCGGCAGAUCAAAGCGGGAGCCAUGGGGAAAGGCAGUAGAGAUGAUAGGAUCAGCGCAUUGCCUGAUGACAUUCUGGUCAACAUUCUUGACCGACUCAAUGUCCCCGAUGCUGCAAGAACCAGCAUCCUCUCCAGAAGGUGGAGUCAGCUCUCUGGCAAACUCUCUAGGCUGAUAAUAAAUGCUCAGGACUUCCUGCCCAAGGGUGUGUCAAACGCCAACGUCUCUGAUGAUGAAAUGGUUCGGGUCAAUGCGGCUGCUGUCGAAGCGAUAAAGAGCAUAGUGACACGCAGAAGUCCAGGUGAACACACCAUCCGGUUCCUGUCUACUGCGUUCUACUUGAGAGAUGAUGUCCCCAUAUCCAUUGGACAAGCUGUUGGUCAUACGAUGGAGACACAUUCGGUUGAGAUAUCCCAAUUCAGUGUUAUGACAGGGAAGGUUGGCACAGAUGAACUCAAUGAUGAGGAGCUGGCCAUAUGUGGGAGAGAAUUCAUGCGGUUCUUUGAUGCCUGUCAAAAUGCAUUUGGUGGUCUCACUAGCCUUGACAUGGAGGAUUUGAGAUUUGGCGAAUCAGACAUAUCCAACGUUCUCAUCACUUGCAAGCGGUUGAAGCAUCUGCGUAUGAUGAAUUGCGACUCGGGUGAUCCCAGCACGCUGCAAAUUGAGCACGCUCAUCUCAGUGAGCUCAGUAUCACCGGUUGUUCUUUCGAGCAAGUUAAGCUGAACUGGCUCCCUCAACUCACACAGAUGACCUUUGAUGAUUGGAUAGACUACCAGGAUCCACUGGUUCUUGGUCAUGUACCGUUGCUCGAGACUGUAAGCCUCACAAAUGUUGGCUAUAGUUUUCACAAGCUGGUCAAGUUAAGUGAGUUUCUUAGCAGCACCUCAAUACGGGUUCUAAAGUUGGGAUUUAAAUCUGAAAAGAUUUGGGUGCAGCCAGAAUGUCUGACCAAAAGUCUGGCAUCUGUGUUCUGCCAACUAAGGUUUGUGAAUCUGGUUGCUCUUCCUGAAGGUUAUGAUCUCACCUGGACAAUGUUUAUUCUUGAAGCUGCACCCUUGCUGAAGGAGCUAUGCAUGGCAGUAUGGGAUCAUGCAUGUAUAAUGGAAACAGACGAGAAGACAAGGAAAGAAGAAUUUUAUAGCGAGAACAGGGGUGUGGAGUGGGACUCGUCUAUAGCUGAUUUCAAACACCAUAAUUUGGUCACACUUAUCAUAUAUUGCUUUGAAUCUGAUGAUUAUAUGGUGAGUUAUCUCCGACGUGUUAUGGCAGCAGCAAUUAAUCUAGAGGAUGUGUUCCUGUAUAGUAGGUUGGAGUGCGACAACUGCCAGGAUCAGAAGCCGAUCCGGUUCCCUUGGACUAAAAGACAGAGGAUAUCACUGAAGAAGAGAGUUACUGCGGGAAUUGAGUCCUUUGCCAUAAUUCACGCUUGUUCAACAAUUAGGGAUGCUCAUCUAUCAAAGUAUCUGUACCCGGAGUGCUCAUUGGAUGUAUCCAGAAAAAGCUUGCGAAAUAGGCAGUGAGGUGUUCGACAUGUUCCCAACUUGGAUCAUGAGUUUUUAAACUAUUUUGUUUUGUUGGUUAUGUAAACUCUUGUGUGACAAAUGGAUGAUGGUUACUGCAAGAUGUUAUCAUGAAUUAA